AUGGCUGCUAAACCGUCAUCCAAACGUAUUUUUGCGAGAUAUGAAAAGAAGGGUAGAGGAACGUCUUUAAAAAAACAAGUUACGAAGGGCACUAUAACAAAUAUUGAUUAUUCUAAUUACAAAAGCUAUAGAGCCGAUAUUAAGGCUUGCGCGAGGCUCUACUUUCCUAAGCUAUUCGUUAAAAAAGAUGGUAAACGAAAAUGUAUUCUUAAAAACGUACUUAGUGCCACCUUUAAAAAAAUUAAAGAUAGAGAUUCUAAAAUAAAGGAACUCGAUUUCAAACAUAAUCUUAAGAAAAGUAAAGAAUUACGUGUUUCUGAUACAGCAGAGACAGUAAAGAGCUUCUUGGAUUCCGUAUUAAAUUACGAGUUUCAAGGUGUAAUUUCCUCCAAUAUUAAAUCUAAAAAAAAAAAUGCUCAGGAACCAACGGUUAGUUCUAUACCUGCCUAUCAUACAUGCAGAACAGAUAUCAACGCUAAAUAUUGUAAUAAUUAUAGAAUGGCUACCAAAAUGGAGUUGGAAAAAGUAUAUAGAAAUGAAAUAGGAAGGUCUGUUGAUCUAAAUUGCUUUUCUUGCCCUUUUUCUCAAAGUAUCGUAGAUCGAAAUCAUAGCUCUUAUCCAGAAGUAGAUCAUAUAUUACCUAAAACGCAAAUUCAUGAGAAACUAUUGGCUUCUGUUUAUUUAUUAAAUAAACUAAGACCAGAUGAUGUCGAUCAAAAAAAGGACUAUGAUGAGUAUUUGAAGUCUAUAAACAAGUUUUACGUUUUAAAUCUAAAAUUUAGACGUUAUAAGUCCACUACUUCAAGUACUAAAAUAAGCAAAGAACUUAUCUUUGCCACAAAAAAUCUCGCAGUGCAAGUACAAAAUGAUACCCGCAAUUUGAUGUUUAUGUGCAAGGCCUGUAAUAUCAGGAGGAAAAAAGGUGGAUGGAAGGACGAGUUAGUUAAAUCACGUUCUUUUGGUCCUAUUGACGACCUGAUAAAUUCUAUAUGGAAAAAUGCGGAUGUAUCGGGAACGUUGAUUCUCAAAGAAGCUGCAGCCUUUAGAAUGGAAGUUGUUCAAAAAUACACUAUAACGUACGAGAAAGAAGAAGAUUUUAAGGAAUUCGUUAAAUAUCUCGGUGAUUUGCUUCGAAAGUAUCCUAAGUCAGUUAAAGAAAUUUCAAAAUUAGCGAAGAAUACCUGUAUUGCAGCCCAAAUAUAG